AUGGCAGUGCAAUCUACACUUCGCUCGUCAUUGGACUCCGCAAAGAUCGCGACCAUGAGCCGCCUCAUGUCGUAUGCGUCUUUUUACAGCAGGAACUACACGGGCAUUCAACAUGUACUCCGUGUGAUAUACCUGUUGGGUGUUGCCUUUGGUAUGCUUUCCAUGUUCGCACCUCGUUCAUCCCGUAAAAAGAAGAGCCCAAAACAGAAAAGCUCGGCGGCGAUGACAGACUCAGGUGACACUCCUAAGAAAAAGGUGGCAAUUGACGAUGUGUUCUAUGGCCGUCUGUUUCGUCUACUACGAAUCAUUUUUCCAUCUUGGCGUGCCAAGUCGUCUCUCUACUUGUCCGGCCUGUCGCUCACGUUGCUUUUUCGUACAAUCAUUUCGCUCUAUGUGGCUGAGCUCGAUGGCCGAAUCGUGGCCUCUUUGGUGCGUGGUGAUAAGACCAUGUUUUUCCGCCGUGUACUCAUUUGGAUGUCAGUUGCCGUGCCGGCAGUGUUUACGAACAGCAUGAUUUCCUACUAUCUCAACUCCCUGGCCCUGUCCAUCCGCUCGCGCCUGACGGAUGUGAUUCAGCGCGAUUACCUGCAAAACUUGACAUUUUACAAACUCACGAAUCUGGAUGACCGUAUUCGUAACGCAGAUCAGCUCCUCACUGUUGAUGUGCAAAAGUUCAGCCGUGCCAUUUCGUUGCUGUACGGCAACAUUUUUAUGCCCAUGAUCGACUCGCUUGUGUACAACUUCCGUCUAAGCCAGUCUGUGGGUGUAGAAAUGCUUAUGUUCACAUCAUCGUUGAUUUCCUUGACAGCUGUCUCACUCAAGCUAUUGACCCCACCUUUCGGUCAGUACGCUGCCAUGGAGCAGCAGCUCGAAGGUGAGUAUCGCUCGGGGCAUGCACGUUUGCUUGAGAACGCCGAGGAAGUGGCGUUCUACCGCGGUCAGGAACUUGAGAAAAAGUAUAUCGACCGCUCGUACUUUUCGCUGCUCAAGCACGUUAAUCGGGUAUUCCACAUCCGCAUUCUGCACGGCAUGACAGAGGAGGGCAUCGUGAAAUGGCUGUGGGGUGCCAUCGGUCUCAUUAUUUGCUCAGGACCCGUGUUUUUCAAGACGUCUAACUUUGUGGCUCGCGGUGCCGGAUCGGAUAUGGGCUCGCGUACAGAGAUGUUUGUGACGAACCGCCGUCUGCUCCUUUCGUCAUCGGACGCCUUUGGUCGCGUAAUGAUGAGCUACAAAGAGAUGUCAGAGCUGGCCGGCUACACCUCGCGUCUAACAGAGCUAAUGGAGGUGAUGGACGAGCUCAACUCGGGCCAGGCCAAGAAGCGCCUGGUCUCCUCUGUGGGUCAGGAGGCCAUAGAGCAGAAGAACAAGAUCUUCUCGCAACGUGGCGAGGUGAUCGAAGGUACGGAGGAAGUCGUUUUCGAAGAUGUACCGAUUGUAAGUCCAAAUGGAGAUGUCCUGGUGGAAAAGCUGAGUUUCCGGAUCGAACGCGGCAACAAUCUGCUGAUCAUCGGUCCCAACGGUUGCGGUAAAAGCAGCAUGUUCCGUAUUCUGGGUGGCCUGUGGCCUGUAUACGGCGGCCGUGUGUACAAGCCUUCCAACAAAGAGUUCACGUACAUUCCCCAACGCCCCUACCUGUCCCUUGGUACGCUGCGUGACCAAAUCAUCUACCCUGAUACGGUUGACGAGAUGCAUGCUAGCGGCAAGACGGACGAAGACCUGAUUGAAAUCCUCAAGCUGCUCCAAAUCGACAACAUUGUUGAGCGUGAAGGUGGAUGGGAUGUUGAGCGUGAAUGGCGUGACGCUUUGAGUGGCGGAGACAAGCAGCGUAUUGCCAUGGCUCGCCUAUUCUACCACAAGCCCAAGUACGCAAUUCUCGACGAGUGCACUAGUGCUGUAACGCUUGAUAUUGAGCGAAUCAUGUACGAGCAUGCUACAUCGCUUGGCAUCACGAUGUUGACUGUUUCACAUCGUCCAUCGCUUUGGAAAUACCAUUCCCAUGUCUUACAGUAUGAUGGCCAGGGUGGCUACGUGUUCACCAAGCUCGAUGCGGACAAGCGGCUCAAGCUCCAGGAGGAAAAGCAGCAGCUCGAGCAAAACCUCCUUCUCUUGCCCAAAUGGCAAGAGCGGCUUCGUGACUUGGAAGGCAUCAUGGAGGCACGCGGUCAGUCUAUUCCAUCAUUGCAAGCGGCACCUGCUCAGCAGGUUGUACCAGAGACGAAUGAGGAAGAGCGAAGUGAGUCGGAGAAGACCCGGCCCCCUUCUUCGGAAAAGAGGGAUUCUGCUACCCAUCCAACACAGCCAACCAAUCGUCAGCAAGACAAACCGGCGCCUCCGCUCGACAUUUCGUCGCUGCAGCAAAGCCUGCCUCGGUAG